AUGGAUGACGGUGACGCUAUUGGGCAUGAAGUAAUGCAAGCUAACUCUGAAUCACUUGAUGAGAUUUUACAUGAGAAUGGUCAUGUUAAUGUUGAUGGUGAACUGGAUUUUGUUAGUGAUGGAUGCUUGGAUAUUGUUGAAUGUGACAACAUAGCUGUUGAUGAAGAUUCUGAGUUUCAAGAAAUUGAAUAUGAUGAUGAAGAUGCGGAUGAAGAUGGUGAAUUUGACGGAUGUGAAUACGAUGAUGAAGAUGGGGAUGAAGAUGAUGAAUUUGAUGGUGGUGAAUACGAUGACGAGAGCAGUUCUGGUGAUGUUGGUGGACACGGAUAUUGA